AUGUCGGGUUGGGGUAACUUUUUUAAUGUGUUUGAUAACGAGGCGAAUCAGGGGAGUUAUGAUAACAAUGAAGAUAACAAAGCGGGCAUGUUUGAUCUAAAUGCUCCGUUCGAUCCCAUUCUUGCUUCUGAUGCAGGUCAGGAUACUUGGGGUUUGGAUGCAAUUCAGCCUAAUUAUGUUGGUUAUUAUCCAUCGCAACACCCGGUUAAUUUUGAAGACCCUCCUGUUAGUUUUGGACCACCGACUGAUAGUUCUCAGUCUCCUCCCAUAAGUGAUGGACCGCCGGAGGGUCCAAAUGCUGACCAGGAACGUAGUGAGUUUCAAAACAAGAAGGAAUUCGCAAGCAUGGAUAAAUUGGUAGAGUGGUGUAGAGACGUUGGACGCGUAAAUGACUACGUCCUCGUCACCAAACGCACCAUCUACGAUAAACAGGGUAGCGGUCAGCCGUUAAAAAUCUGGCUUACGUGUGAUUGUGCCGGCGAGUACAAAUCAACAGCCACGGUCAGACGCAGCGGGACCAGGAAAACCGGUUGCAAGUUCCAACUGGUCGGGGCAUACAAGAAGAGGUUAGGUUAUUGGGAUCUAAGGGUUGAGGAAGCUAAACAUAACCACGAACCAUUUCUGUAUCCAGAGGGUCAUCCGUCCCUAAUGAGGUUGACUCCAUCAGAAGAGAGGACGGUGGAGCAAAUGACGCAUCAGAACAUAAAACCACGAGACAUUCUUGCUGCCAUUAAAGAACAGAACCCCCAUAAUGUCUCAACAAAAAACACCAUAUACAACGCUCGGGCCAAAUUGGGUCGAAUUGAACAACUCGGCGAGACUCCAAUGCAGAUACUUUUCAACCGGUUGGAGAAGGUUGGGUUUGUUUUUUACCAUAAAACAUCUCAAAACGGCGAACGGGUCGAGGAUGUUUUCUUCAUCCACCCGGAGUCGAACAUGUUGUGGCGCGCCUUCCCGCAUGUGUUGCUUAUAGACGCCACCUACAAGACGAAUCGGUACAAAAUGCCGUUAGUCCAGAUUAUCGGUGUUACAUCCACGUUGAUGUCGUUUUGCAUUGCUCAUGCGUUCGUAAGCAACGAGAAACAGGAAAACUUCACAUGGGUUCUACAGAGGUUGAAACACUCAUUAGACAGUGUUAUGGAACCCCGUGUAAUAGUAACCGAUAAAGAUCGCGCCCUAAUGAACGCAUGUGCAACCGUGUUUCCCAGGGCUAGACAUUCAUUGUGUAGGUGGCACAUACAGCAAAACAUCUUCAAGCAUUGCAGGCAAAGCUUUAAAACAGAGGAUAAAUGGGGGUGGUUUCUUUACAAGUGGGGCAAGCUAAUUAACUCAACGACCGAUCUUGACUACAACUACUGGUACGAGCGAAUACGAUCAAACUUGCCACGCAAAAAAACCGACGGUCAAAUGAUCCCGUUGGAGUUGAUACACCUUUUUUGGAGAAAGUUAAAUUUGGACUCCAUAGUCGAACCGAGCAAGGUGGACUCUUUCGACUUAGACGGCGAAUUUGCGCUUCUCAAACAACAUUUAAGUGCUCAGCCGAGAGAACUCAAGAAAAACUUGAUUCAAAAGAUGAAGGAGUUGGUACAACUCAACAAGACGAAGCUUAAACAACCAGUUGUGCAAAAAAACACACGGGGUCGUCCAACUUUAAAAGCUCAGCAACAAAGGAAGGAUGAUUCGUUUACGGAGCCUUCUAGACAUAGCUUUUUUACAACGCAGGACCAGUAUAGUGAUUCACAAGAUGGGUUUGGCACACAAGAGUCAACGAUCGAACCUACCAGGCACAGCUCGUUUGUCGAGUCACAAAGUUAUUGUACUGAAACACCUAUGUUCUUCGGCGAGAUUGCUAAAGGCGCUAAGAAUUCGAAAACGAAAAACAAGGUCGCAAAAUCAAAGGAAGAGCCACCAGACUUACCUUUGCUGCCUGUCGGACAAGUUAAUAUGUUCUUGCACUUCAAAAAGUUCAUUCCACCGUGCUUCUAUCCGCACCUCAGUCACAUACAAAAUGUGCAGGGUGAUGGUAAUUGUGGGUUUCGAUCUAUAGCGGUCGGCUUAUCGCUUAAAGAGUGGCAGUGA